AUGGCUGCCCCGAUAGAUUACAUCCGUCGUGUCGGUGGCAAUGAAGGCUAUACCUAUUUCCCAGUGCUUAUUAUUGGAGCUGGAGAAUCUGGCAUUGCCAUGGGAUGCAAGCUCCGCCAGGAGCUGGGCUGCGACCAGUUUCGCAUCGUCGAGCGCAAGUCUGCAUUGGGAGGAACAUGGUACACAAACCAGUAUCCCGGUAUCGCGUGCGACAUUCCCGCAAUCUGCUACUCUUACUCGUUCGCGCAGAACCUCCGAUGGACGUCCAUGUUCCCUUCCGGAAAUGAGCUCAUCCGCUACCUCUAUGAUGUCUGCGAAAAAUUCCGGAUCCUUGACAAGAUCCAACUAAACACGUCGGUGAAGUCGAUACGCUGGGUUGACACCGAUGACGAGUGGGAGGUAGAGUUGGAUCAUUUGGCCCCGGGCGUCGGUGACUUGGCGACCUAUGAACGGGUCCAACUCGAGAAUGAUAAGGGGGUGUCUCAGGUUGUCUUGCGGACUGAAACUGUGCGAGCAAAGAUUGUCGUCUCUGCCGUUGGUGGUCUGGUCGAACCGAAGCCUCCGAUUGAAGUUGAAGGAAUGGACACCUUCGAGGGCAAGAUUAUGCACACUGCUCGCUGGGAUCCAACUGUCGAUCUAAGGGGCAAAGACGUUGUGGUUGUUGGCUCAGGCUGCUCCGCUGCCCAGGUCAUCCCUCACCUAAUAACUCCAGAAUUUGGCGCAAGAAGCGUCACUCAAUUGAUGCGCACUCCUCCUUGGACGACACCCUUCCUCGCUCCUACCAUGACAGAAUUCUACAAGAAAUGGUUCCCAUUUCUCUCUCAAAACAUCCCAUAUUUUCAGGCCUUCGUGCGGAAACUCAUAUUUGGCAUGCUGGAACUCGAGUUCGUCACUCUUUUCCUGCCGACAAGAGCUGCCGAAGCCCAACGCAAGAAGAAAGCAAAGGAGCUUCUGGGGUAUAUGCAACAAGUCGUACCAAAAGAAUAUCACGAAAUUCUAACCCCCGACUAUGAAGUCUACUGCAAACGCAGAGUUGUGGACGAAGGCUGGUUUAAAGCGCUGCAGGCGCCGAACGUCGAGAUCACAACCCUUCCUUUGACUAAGAUUGGACCUCAGAGUGUUACACUCGGGCCAGGUAGGCACUAUCCACCCAUGUCAAAGACAGACUCCUUCGCACCGUCCAAAGAGAAGGUGAUUCCCGCAGAUGUCAUUAUUAUGGCACAUGGUUAUGAGACAAAUAAAUGGCUGCAUCCUCUUGACGUUACUGGCCGUAACGGAAGGUCCUUAUACAAGACUUGGGACGAGCGGGGAGGAGCACAAGCAUACCUAGGUGUCGCGAUGGAUGGAUUCCCGAAUUUCUUUAUUAUUUUCGGACCGAACACUGUUACUGGCCAUAGUAGCGCUAUUCUGGCCUCGGAGAACAUGGUCAACUACAGUCUCAACUUCAUCCGACCUAUUCUGCGCGGCGAUGUACUCACUUACGAGGUAAAGGAGUCCGCAGAGCGCCAGUGGACCGAAGACAUCCAGAGGGAUUUGAAAACGAGCCUCUUCAUGACGGGCGGGUGUAAAAGCUGGUAUAUAAGCAAGACUGGAUGGAAUGCAAGUGCCUAUCCGUGA